GGCUGUUGACUGACCCUCUUCUUGGUUUUGCAGCUGGAGGAACACAUGGCCCGCAUUCGGGAGGAGCUGGACCGUGAGCGGGAAGAACGCAACUACUUCCAGCUGGAGCGAGACAAGAUCCACACCUUCUGGGAGAUCACUCGGCGGCAGCUGGAUGAGAAGAAGGCUGAACUGCGCAACAAGGACCGUGAGAUGGAGGAAGCUGAAGAGCGUCACCAGGUGGAGAUCAAGGUUUACAAGCAGAAGGUGAAGCACCUGCUGUACGAGCACCAGAACAACAUCACAGAGCUGAAGGCAGAGAGCACAGUGUCUAUGAAGCUGGCCCAGAAGGAUCACCGGUCCCAGGAGAUGGAGCUGCGUAAGGACAUGCGCACCUUGAAGGUGGAGCUGAAGGAGCAGGAGCUGUCCAACGAGAUGGUGGUGAAGAACCUUCGGCUGAAACAACAAGAAGACAUAACACGAUUGCGCAAUGACUUUGAGAGGCAGGUGAAAGAGAUCGAGGCCAAGUAUGAGAAGAAGAUGCGGGUCCUACGCGACGAGCUAGACCUGCGCAGGAAGACUGAAAUCCAUGAGAUUGAGGAGAGGAAGAAUGGACAGAUCAACACACUGAUGAAGAAUCAUGAGAAGGCUUUCAGUGACAUCAAGAACUACUACAACGAUGUCACUCUUAAUAACCUGGCACUUAUCAACACCCUCAAGGAGCAGAUGGAGGAGAUGAAGAAGAAGGAGGACCAUCUGGAGAAGGAGAUGGCUGAAGUGCUGCUGCAGAACAAAAAGCUGGUGGAGCCACUGCAACGAGCCCGUGAAGAGGUGGCGGAGCUGCAGAAGAAACUGGCGCACUAUGAAAAGGACAAGGCCAUGUUGCAUCACACACAUGCCCGUUUGAAAGUCACUGAGAAGGAAUUAAAGGAUCUCCAGUGGGAACAUGAAGUGCUGCAGCAAAGGUUCAUCAGGGUGCAAGACGAACGAGAUGAGCUAUACCAGAAAUUUACCAAAGCCAUUAAUGAGGUGCAGCAGAAAACUGGCUUUAAGAACUUGUUGCUGGAGCGGAAGCUUCUCGGCCUCUCCAACAUCCUGGAGAAGAAGGAGGUGCAGCUCAACGAGGUCCUGGCUGCCACCAACCUUGAUCCUGGUGCUCUCAGUGUGGUCACCCGCAAGCUGGAGGAUGUGCUGGAUUCGAAAAACAAUGCCAUCAAGGACCUGCAGUAUGAGCUAGCCAGAGUGUGCAAGGCCCACAAUGACUUGUUGCGGACGUACGAGGCCAAGCUCACAGCCUUUGGGAUCCCUUUGGACAAUUUGGGCUUCAAGCCCCUGGAGACCUCCGUGAUCGGCCACACGCUGGGCCAGGGCCCUGCUGGGUUUGUCUCAACUCCCACGUAGCACAGCCUGACAUCAUACUUUGGAAUGCCUUCAGCCUAAGCCUUGUGUGCAAGCAAGCCACUAUCCCGCUCCUGCUGUGGCCGUAGAGGGGAGAGAGGGAGAGAGCAGCCCCCUGGAAAGAGAUUGUGUCUGCUCCAGCCUUCAUUUGUAUUAAAGAGGCCCUGUGGUGGGCUAUUCAGUCU